AUGACUGAAAAUAUCUCCAACUCGUCGACACAGCAGUUGCUCGCAUUACGGGUUAUGAGGCUGGCUCGGCCAAAAUUCGCUCCGCUCGAUGGCUUCUCACAUGAUCCAGUCGAUCCGACGGGUUUCGGAGAGCUGUUAGCUGGAAAAGUAGCGGAAAUAUCGAAGGAAUCGCGUCACGAUCUUCCUAUUGGAGAAUAUCUCAUUGCUCCACAAAUGUUUGAGAAUAUUUAUCUCGGAGAAACGUUCACUUUUUAUGUCAACGUCGUCAACGAAAGCGAGUCGAAUGUUGUAAAUGUUAGCUUAAAAUGUGAACUGCAAACAUCAACCCAAAGAGUAGUGCUCCCAUGCUCUGUUCAAGAUGUCACAAUCGAAUCCACUAAAUGUGAUGGACAGGUCAUCAGCCACGAAGUCAAGGAGAUCGGACAGCAUAUUCUGAUAUGUUCGGUCAACUACAAGACACUGUCCGGCGAGAACAUGUACUUCCGAAAGUUUUUCAAGUUUCCAGUAUCGAAACCAAUCGAUGUGAAAACCAAAUUUUAUAGUGCCGAGGAUAAUGCGAAUCAGGAUGUUUAUCUUGAAGCGCAAAUUGAGAACACCUCGAAUUCGAACAUGUUCCUGGAGAGAGUGGAAUUGGAUCCGAGUCAGCAUUACAAAGUGACUAGUAUUUCACAUGAAGACGAGUUUCCGGAAGUUGGCAAACUUUUGAAACCGAAAGACAUUCGACAAUUCUUAUUCUGCCUCUCACCAGUAGAUGUGAAUAACACUCUUGGAUAUAAGGAUUUGACGAGCAUUGGAAAAUUGGAUAUGUCAUGGAGGACUAGUAUGGGAGAGAAAGGACGUCUUCAGACUAGCGCAUUGCAGAGAAUCGCUCCCGGCUAUGGUGAUGUUAGGCUUUCCGUUGAAAAGACACCCGCUUGUGUUGACGUUCAGAAGCCAUUUGAAGUAGCUUGUAGACUUUAUAACUGCUCCGAACGAGCCUUGGAUCUUCAACUUCGUCUCGAGCAACCAUCCAAUCGCCAACUAGUAAUCUGUUCUCCAUCAGGAGUGUCUCUGGGUCAACUCCCGCCAUCUCGAUAUGUAGACUUUGCUCUCAACGUCUUCCCAGUCGCCGUUGGAAUUCAAAGCAUCUCAGGCAUCCGGAUCACCGACACAUUCACGAAAAGGCACUACGAACAUGACGAUAUUGCACAGAUUUUCGUCAGCUAA